CGCUGGAUCACUGGACUGGAAUAAUGUAAAACGUGCAUAAGUUAAUAUAACUGACAUGAGUUGGUUUUUUUAUUUCAUAGUAUGGAUUUAUUCCCUUUGCCUGUCUAAUUGGACAAAAUAAACAAAAAAUCUAUUUUUGUUUUUCAAUGCACUUCUGGUCUUUUUGCCAAAUCUUCAUGAAAAGUAUUUAAAUGAAAUAAAUUUAUUUCUCAUUAACUAUGCGAUGGAAAUACGUGAAUAGGAACGAGAUAUUCCGUAAACAUCAUGCGAAAGUUAAACAGUAACACGGGUCUGCAAAACGUCAACAGAACCCGCGAAAUUUAAAACAAAAUACAAAUUCAAUUUGGACUGUCACCGGAAAAUCAAUAACUUCUUUUGGGGAAAUGAUUGGGUGCAUCAUCUAUUAAGAGCAGACAGUACUGUGAAGAAAUAAGAAAACGUUACUCGGAAAUUGGCGUUCAGCCAAUUUUGAGAUUAUCUGCGAGUUUCAGUAGAUGGACUGUGGGUUAAAACUAUUUCGUGUUCUAAAAAUAUCAUUUCGAACAAGGUUUUGUUUUUACUACUGCUACAAUAAAAUAAUGAAGCACGUGGAACUUUCAUAUACGAAAGACUUGAUGCCAACAUUAGGUCUUGGAACGUGGCAAGCUCCCUCUGAUGUUAUAGAGUCUACUGUAUACAAAGCCUUAGAUUUGGGCUAUAGGCACAUAGAUACAGCAUUUAAUUAUAAUAAUGAGGAAUCUAUCGGAAGAGCCCUUAAGAAGUGGAUUGAUGAUGGCAAAGGAACAAGAACUGAUUUAUUUGUCACGACUAAGCUUCCUCACGUGGGUAAUCGCGCAUCUGAUGUGAAGAAAUUUUUAGAACUCCAGCUUAGUCGACUGCAGUUGGACUAUGUCGAUUUAUAUUUAAUUCACGUUCCGUUCGGGUUCCACUGCGAUCCGGAGACGCUGACUCCAAGGGUCAAGAGUGAUGGGGAAUACGACGUAGAUAUGGAUACCAAUCAUCUUACUAUUUGGAAGGAAAUGGAACUAUGUCAAAGGGAAGGUUUAAUCCGUAAUCUUGGUUUGUCGAAUUUCAACGAGGAGCAGAUAAGAAAAAUUUCUAAGUCAUCUACAAUCAAGCCACAAGUCCUCCAAGUAGAAUUGCAUGCGUAUUUCCAACAACAGGGACUUCGGAAGUUUUGUACCGAUAAUGACAUCGUAGUCACGGCUUACGCGCCUUUGGGUAGUCCCGGAGCUAAAGAUCAUUUCGUUACCAAAUACAACUAUAGCCCGGAUACGUUCCCCGAUUUACUAAACUUACCACCAGUAAAAGAGAUUGCUGAUAAGCACGGCCGAACACCAGCACAAAUAUUACUAAACUUCUUAGUACAACAAAAGGUCGUUGUAAUACCAAAGAGCACAAGUGAACAUAGACUAAGAGAAAACAUGAAUAUUUACGAUUUCGAGUUGUCAGCGCCUGAAAUGGAUUUGCUAAAGAAGUUGGACAAGGGGGAGAGUGGUCGUAUUUUUAAUUUUCUAUUCUGGAAAGGUGUGGAGAAACACCCAGAAUAUCCGUUCCAUAUUGAAAAAAUUGAUUCCAGCAAAGACAAACAUUAAUUAAUACGUUCAUUUGAAUAAGUUGCUAUGGAACAGCAUUAUUGUAAGGCAACUAUAAAUAACCAUUGAUAAUAUAUAAUUAAUUCCACUGAAGUAUUUUUAAAAUUAUUUAUGGUUUCAUUAAUGUAAUUUAGAUUUUAUUUAAAAUUUAAUUGCUGUUAAAUUUGUGAAGCAUGCAACUUUGUUAUGUUGUUUUAUCAGUAAAACUGAUGAUGUACGCUUGGCGCUUUGACCAAUAAAUGCAAUUUCCGCAUUAAUAAAAUUCGUUUAAAACGGAAUCAAA